AUGAUCAAAAUUGUGUCUCUGUUUUGCUAUCAAGCCUUGUCACGUGUCUUUCACGUGAUGAUACGGUGCCUUGCUGUCAUUAGUCAGUUACUUUCGUUUGAGUUUCCCCGCGUCGACUCUGCUUCUUCUCGCGAUUCAGAUUUCUCUCCGAAGAAGAAAAACCCUAGAGAAAAAGAAAGCAAAAGAAUCUUGAGAAUCGUUUCGUUUACUAUGGAUUCUUCUUUCAUGGAAGAUGAUGAGGGAGCACAACUCCUUGAAGAUGCUCAAAAACUCUUUGAUAAUGGAGAUCACAUCAAGGCUUUGGAGAUAAUUGAAGAUUUGAUUUUAGUCCAUGGGGAAGAUAUAACCGCAUGGCGUCUUCAUAUCAGAGAAGGUAAAAUGUUUGAUGACCUAGCGAAGAAAACAGAGGAUCCUGACGUGAAAUUUGCUUACUUUUUGGCUUCUGCUGAAUGCUUCUCGGAAGAUGGUACGUUAUCACCAAUUUGUGCUAGUUCACUCUUCCUGUUGGGCCAAAUGCUUGGGUCAGUAUUGUAUUACAAGAAGUCUUUGAAGAAAGCGAAACAAGGUUUAUCUGUUAACUCUCUCCCAAGCAAGUCAGAUUCUGUUGCUCAACUGAGUUUGCAAGCGCAAAGAGAAUUGGACAAAAAAAAUAAAGCACUGUUGAGUUUAAUCAAUGACGCAGAGUCCGAGAUCGCAUCUUCCAAGACUCUAGUUGGUUCUACUGUAAAAAACACUAAACCAAAAGUUGUGGAGUCAAAGAAAAGUCAAGACCCGCGUGAGGAUGCGUUUAAAGGAUUGAGGUCGUACUGGGUGGGAUUGGAUGUCAAGAUCAAAAGGGAUUUUAUGAAAGUAAGCAUUGCAAAGCUUACAAGUUUUGUUGAGGGAGUAGGACAUUACAAAGAGGAACGAGAAGUUUUAGAGAAGGUUCUCACUUCGGCAAAGGAAGACAGAGAAUGGAAAUUCUGGAUAUGCCGAACUUUGUGUUCGAGGAAGUUCUCUAGUGCUGAAGAAUGUAAGAAUCAUCUUGAACAACAACAUGCUGCAGAUUUCAAACCUUCUUCAGAAAAGGAUAUAGUCAAGAGGAUAGGAAAAGACUGGGUUCGUAAGAUAAUAGUUGGAAGUUGGGAACCAGUGGAUGCAGUCGCUGCCACUGAAAUGAUCAAGAACCAGCUCGCAGAUGUGAAAGCGUUUGCAUCUAAAGCUAAGAAUGGAUGGUCCAAAGAAUGGCCUUUAGCUGUGGAUGAAGAGCGCAGUAAGUUACUCAAGGAAAUCAAAUUGCUCCUUGUCUCUUUUUGCGACCUUAAAAUUCUCUCUUGUAGCAUUCGAGACUGGAUGAUGUGUUUUCCAGCUAAGCAUCUUGGAAAACUUGAAGUUUCUGAACAGAGUCUUGUCGAUUCUCGCUUAGUAGAAACACCUCAUAGUAUCUGUUUUCUAGAAAGUCAGGAACUCACUCAAAUCCUUGAGUUUCUAAACCACAUCAAAUGUAAAAGGAAUGAUGGUACAGAUCUUGUUUGCAGAGCAGUGGACAGUGUCUUGGGUCGUACUCGAGUUAAAGAAAAGAUCGACUUUGACCCUCAGUUUUCAUUUCUGCUUCUAGAUAAAAGACUGCUGAAAAUCAAUGAUGAUCAAUUCGAUGAUGAUGAAGGGACGAUCAAUGUUUUUGAUCCCAGUGUUCACUACGCCAAGACACCAGUUCAUGGAGAUGAUAUCAUAUCCUGGUUAACUGACUACAAUUCAGUAGAUAAGACCUUUCCCAGACCUAUCAGGGAACACAAUCUUGAUAUCUGGUUGGCUGUUCUGAAAGCUGUUAAGUUCACCUGUAGGACUCUGGGAAACAAAUAUGCAAAGAAAUUACAGGUCGUGGACUAUGAUGCAGCUCUUACUGAUGUCGAGAACAUGUGUGUGAGAGAAAAUGAAAGGAGAAGGAAUCUGCCGGAAGAUCAAUGGAGCAGAUAUGCAUCUCUUCUAUGCGAUGUGUGUGAAGAGAGAGUCCCCGAAAAUUCCCUAACUACAAAAUUAUUCGUGUGUGCAGUACGGGAUGUUUUCGAAGGAGCAUUGCAUCCAACACUUGAUUUCCUCGAUUUAGAAGAUUGCUUGAAUUUUAUACGUGAGCACAAAAGUCUCAGUGACGAUAAAGUGUUGCAGGCCAUAGACCUUCUGAAAUCAGUGGUCACCCAAAAGGUUCUUUUAAUGGAUACAAAGAUCUUGCUGAUUGAUAAUUCAAGGAUGAGUUUGCUAAACAACCUCACAAGGCUUUCUGCUUUUGACAACCGCACUUAUAUCCUUCAACUGCUUAAACCUUUCUUGCUGAACGAAAUUGUGAAUAUGGAAUCCAAAGCCAAGUCAGAUGCAGCAGAAGCAGAUCUUUUAAACGAGUUGGAGAAGGAGAAGCUACAAUCGAAGGAGAAGCCACAAUCAAAGGAGAAGCCACAAUCAAAGAAGAGGAGAGAUAGAAGCAAAAAGAAACCUUCAACGAGCAUAUCUAGUUCCCUUGAUAAGACUGUUGAACAUAAACCUUCUGUCAACCUUAAACCGGAGAGUACAUCUUCAUCACUAAGAACGAUCGAAGAAGGUUCUAUGGAACCAGAAGAUGCUCUUGCAAGUGAGACGGGUCAAUUGAAAAUUUCAUCCAAAACUGAAAUUCAAGUGGAAGCUACUAAAGAUGACCCUGAUAUGCGAAACAUGCCUGGAGAAGAUUCACUGUCGGAACAUUUGGAGUCAGUAGCUGGAGAAGCUACAACCAGAUACAAUUCAGCAUUUGACAUGACGCUGAAGGCCCUCUUGAACAUUAAGGUUCUCAAAGAAGAUUUGCUGAACCAACCAUUUCAAGACCACCAGGAAGAACAAGUUCCUAUUGCACUACAAAAUUUAUUUACUGCUGUUGUUUCAGAAGCGAUACAAGAUGAGGGUGUCUACAGUUGCCUCUUGAGGGACUUACUUACUUCCCAAGAAGAAGUUAUUUCCAUGUCAAGUGAUGCUGCUAAUGUAGUAGUAGCCAUCCUUGAUUUUUGGCGUUGCUGGAAAAAUCCAGAAAGGGAGAGCUUGGUAACUCGCCUCUUUACCUCGGCGGAAAAUAAAAGAAUGAGUUGUAUAAAAUGCAGAAGGAUUACAAAUUAUCCACAGCAAAGUUGUUAUGGCAUUGUUACGGCAGCAGAUACAAUCAGAGAACUGAAGUGUGCUUUGGGGAAUAGAAAUUUUGUAGAUAUCCUAAAGGUGAUCCGCUUGAGAUAUAAAAUGGUAUGUGACGCAGAAGGUUGCGGAAAGACGAACUCUGUUCAGCACAUUUCAAGUAGAUGCCCGCCUAUCUUCACAAUCGUAUUGGAAUGGGAGAAUAGUGCAACUGAAAACGAAAUAUCUGAAACAACAAAGGCUUUUGACUGGGAGAUAGAUAUCAGCAGGCUGUACGAAGAAGGCUUAGCACCAAACACUAAGUACAGGCUUGUGUCAAUGGUUGGUUACAGUGAAGGAGAUGAAGAACACAUAUGCUUAGCUUAUGAAGAAAACCGGUGGGUCAAUCUCAGACGUGAGUGUAUAGCAGGAGAGGAUGUUGGUGACUGGAAGAAUGUGGUCAGAUUCUGUGGAGAGAGGAAGGUUCGGCCAGAGAUUCUGCUUUACGAAGCUGCCUGAUCGAUGGCCUAACAAGUGACAAUGUGGAGAAGUCUAGCAUUGAUGUUUCCAUCUACCAGAAGACACUUUUUUAUCUUUGCUUUGGUUUUUUUUUUGAUGAGAUCGAUGUGAUCCAAGUAUAACUACGGUACCUCUUAAUUCACUAUCACUUGAGUCUUAAGAGUGUUGUUACACAAGAUAGAAAACAUAGAGAGCGAG